UGUCUAUUCAAGAAGACAUGCUUGACCAUGGACAUGAGUUUGUGUUGACAAGCAGGUUUACCCAGGACUGUCUUGAAAACUUGUUCAGCUGCAUAAGGCAAAGGAACCCUGUCCCAACACCAGUGGAGUUCCACCAGGCACUGAAAUCAGUCUCUGUUGGGCAGUUUCUUACAACUGCCCAAUCAGGAAGCUAUGAGGAGGAUGACGGCAGUCUUCUGGCAGAGUUCCUGGACAUUAAGGAGACAUAUCCCAGUCCUGGCCUCAGUGUGGAGCAGCUGAUUGGAAACACAGGUACUCCUGAUCUCACCAACAGUGAAACCUGUAUUCUGUACCAUCUUACAGGAUACAUAGUAAAUAAAGUCAUCAAGCAUUCCAACAUCUGUGACAAAUGCUCAAGUUCAAUUAAGCAAAAUGAUGACAGUCUGGAAGGAGAGCACAGUACCCUGCUGACACUGAAGGAGUUUAAACCAGGCGUGCUGUGUCGGCCAUCGCAUGAGGCCUUCAGUGUGAUCCAGAAAGUUGAGAGGCUUUUCAGAACAAGGUCUGGUCCAUCUUUCCUGGAGCUCCCAAAUGCCAUGGAGACUGUAGAAACAGAAGCAAGUCUAUUACAAAGCCUGCUCCCUGCAUGUCAUGAUGUGCAAAAAAAAAAAGCAGUUAUAGUCAUCUAAAAACUCUUUAGAGUU